AUGCUCGACGCCAGGUCCUACCCGCUGCUGGUCGGCCUGCUUGUGCUGGUCUGCCUUGCCCAGCCGACCUAUGCCUUCGGGGCUGGCAACAUUGCCAGCAUCUCCAAGAUUGAGGGCCAGAACUGGCGUCAUGGUGACAUCGAGGAUGCUCUCCUCACUCUUGCCAUGGCACGCGCCAUGAACGGCAAAAAGUUCUCCAAGAUGAUGGUCUCCCGUGUCUACUUUGGCAACUGGCUCAGAGACUACUCCCAGGCCAUCGACGUCGGCACUGUCAAGUCCGUCUCCGCCGAGGCCAUCCGGCUGCUCCUCUGUGUGCUGGGUUUCCUGACCUUCGGCUUUGGCUCCAAGGAGUUCGAGGUUACAGCCGAUCGUCUGGGCUGCUACCGCCCCGAGGACCACAUCGACAACCCCAAGAACUACGCCGACAACGAAGAUGCGCGCCAGUACGACCGUCGUCUGAGAGGGCCCGUCGAUGAGGGUGUCGAGCUCGCCAUCGACCCCGAGACCGGCAUGAAGAACUACAUCGCCAACGAGCAGGCUGGCAUCAUGACUUCUGCUGCCCACGCCCGGAACCUGUUCUCCCGCUGCAUUGAACUUGCUCGAGGAUACUCCCGAAACAAGAACCAGGCUGACCUCUACGAGGCGAUGCGUCUCAUGGGUACCGGUCUGCACUGCUUGGAGGACUUCUUCGCUCACAGCAACUACUGCGAGCUUGCCCUCAUCGAGAUGGGCGAGCGAGACGUGUUCCCCCACGUCGGUCGUGACACUCGGAUCAGACUUAACGGAGCCAGAGACGAGGUCUACCCGAUUGUCACUGGUACCUUUGGAGGUGUUGACUUCCUCCACUCCGUCACUGGCGAAGUUUCCGACAAGCUCACCCAGAAUGAGAUUGAGGAGCUCGAGGGUACCCUCCAGGAGAGCAAGAACAACGACACGAGCAUUCUGCGAGGCCUCCUGGACAUGAUUCCCGACGGUAUCUUCGGCGGUAAGCACCAGAGCAACCGGGUGGACGAGCUCCAGAGCAACGCCACCUCCUCCCAGCUCCAGAACAUGCAAGUAUCUCCCAGGGAGCCUGAGGAGUACACCCGCUACAUCCAGGAUGUCUUUAGGCAAAUCAUGCCUGCCAUCGAGUUCCACGAUGAGGUCCUGCAAGGGAUCACCGAGGCCAUCGAGAAGAUCCCCGUCUUGCCCAAAAUCCUGGAGCAGCUCGAGGAGCAGCUGUCCAAGUUUGUCUUCUCCCUCAUUGCCCCCUUCAUCCUCCCCGUCAUCAACCAGAUUCGCAACGAGCUCCGCACCGGCUCUGCCGAGAUCAUUGAGAGCAGUGAGAGGGAGCAGCAUAUCGUCUUCGAGGAUGACCGCAGCACCGACCCCACCCACUCCAUGCUGUCCAAGGACCACUUCACCAACAUUCUGAACGAAGUCGCCGGCCGCUGCGCUGCCAAGACGCUGCACUGGGUCGUACCCCAGCUCAUGGAGGCCAUUGACGAUGAGAGCAUCGAUGUUAACCGUACCCUGAACCGCAUCAUCUUUGGUGUUCUGCACCACCCCGCUCAGCGCGACAUGGGCGAGGACGGUGCCCGGGAGGGACGUCAGCAGAUCUUCAAGUUCAUUGAGGAAUGGUGGAACGAAAUGGACAGGAGCCAGCAAGACGAAUACCGCCGCAAGCUGACGCGCGAGGGUGUCGAACGUGGCGAGAACCACAGGGAGGGAGUUCACGAUACCGGCCACGGCCACGGCUGCAGCGGCAAGCUCCACAUGCGCAAGCAAUUUGGCGAGCCUACGACCUGGGAGGAUAAGGUUGCUGACAAGGCUGCCGGUGCCAUUCUCGAGGGUGUUUCUGGCGGGAUCGCCGGCCUCGUGGAGCAGCAGACCGGAGUCAAGGUCCCGCAGUACAAGCACAAGCAGGAAGAGGAAAGCAGCAGCGGCGGCGGUGCUGGAGGUCUGAUUGGAUCCAUCCUUGGCGGUGUUUUCGGAAAGGAUGAAAAGGAGACCCAGCAUAGCAGCCGCCGUGACGACGACGGCGGUUACACCCAGACCACAACCGAGUACGGCCACCACGGCAACAAGUACGGUCAGGCCGAGUACAGCGAGACCCAGUACUCCAGCGGUGGCGGUCGCUCCGAGUACCGCAGAUACGAGCAGGAGGACAGCCAGGGUGGACGCGAGACUAGCGGCUACGAGUAUCAGCAGACUACAGAGACCCGACCCUCAUACGGCGGCGGAUAUGAGCAGCGUACUGAGACCCACCGAUAUGAGGGCAACACCGAGUCCGGUUACGGCGGUGGUCGCCGUGACGAUAAUGAGGGCGGCUACGGUGGUCGUCGUCAGGAGGAAAGCAGCUACGGCGGUCGCCAGGAAGAGAGCUACGGCGGCGGCUACGGCGGCGGACGCCGUGAUGAUAACGAGAGCAGCUACGGCCGACGGGAGGAGAGCUAUGGCGGCGGACGCCGCGAUGAGAACGAGAGCAGCUACGGUGGCCGCCAGGAAGAGAGUUAUGGCGGCGGCUACGGCGGCGGACGCCGUGAUGACAACGAGGGCAGCUACGGCCGACAGGAGGGCGGUUACGGCGGUGGACGCCGCAACGACGAUGACGAUGAGCGUCGCGAGGGUGGCGGUGGCUUCGGCGACUUUAUCGGCAAGGUCGCGGAGAGAUUUGGCGACAACGACAACAACCGCAGAUGGUAG